AACAAGGCUAAAUCCCUGACCCGGAUGAAAAGUGAAGGUCCUUCAAGGAGUUGGUGGUAACCUCACUGGAGAGAUACUGCAAAGUUAGUGGAACAGCAUGAAGCUGCCACUCCUGGUGCUCGCUGUGCAUCUGCUGUGGCUGAAAGGUGGUCCCUGUGCACCUACGUGGAGGGACAAGGCCGCUGUCCACGGGCGCCUGAAGGGUUUUCCUGAGCCUGGCGAUAUGGGUGCUGAUGAGGAGGUGAAGAAGGCUUUGAUUGGCAUGAAGCAGAUGAAAAUCAUGAUGGAAAGGAGAGAGGAGGAACAUACUAAUCUAAUGACAACCCUGAAGAAAUGCAGAGAAGAAAAACAGGAGGCCCGGAAACUGACGAACGAAGUUCAAGAACAUCUGGAAGAGGAAGAAAGGCUUUGUCAGGAGUCUUUGGCAGAUUCCUGGGACGAGUGCAAAUCUUGCUUGGAAAGUGACUGUGUGAGAUUUCAUACAACCUACCAGCCUAGUUGGUCCUCUGUGGGAAAUGUGGUUGGACAGCUUUUUAGGAAGAUGUAUCAAUUCCUGGUUCCUCUCCGUGAAGAUAAUGACAGAGAGCGCCCCCGCGUCGGUGAGAAGGUGCCGGAGGAAGAUGCACAAGUGGCCCACAUAGAGCACGUGUUCAGCCAACUGGCCGUGGAUGUGGGAUUUCUCUUUAACGGGAGUCUGAACGUCUUCAAACAGAGGGAGCGGGAAUUCGACCAGGCCUUUCAGUCGUAUUUCACGUCAGAUACAGACGCAAUGGAGCCUUCCCUCUUCCCAGGGUCAGUCAGAGAGCCGAGCAAAGAAGCGGGCAGCAUGCAGAGCUGGGACAUCCCCGGCCUCUUCCAGCUGCUCUGCGAGUUCGGUCUCUCCGUUUACCGGAGAAUCAGCACCACCCUCACUGAGACCCUGACGGCCAUGGGGGACUUGCCAAAACACAAAGGCGAGUAUGACAAGGUCGCUGACCCUGGAGGCCCGAGUUCACAGACAGAGCCUGUGCGGGACAGAGGACUGUGUGGAGAACGUGGCCAGAAUUUGUCAGACUGUUCCCAAUGUCAUGCAAGAUGCCAACAGUGCCAGGAUUAUCUAUGGGAAGACUGUCCCGAUGUCCCUGAACUACACACAAAAGUAGAUGAGGCCCUUAAAUUGGUCAACAUCUCCGAUCAGCAGUACGUCCAGAUUCUCCAGGUGACGCAACAUCAUCUGGAGGACACGGCGUAUCUGAUGGAGAAGAUGAGAGAGGAAUUUGGCUGGGUGACUGAACUGGCAAACCAGACUCCAGGAACUGAGAACACCUUCAAUUCCAGAAAGGGAGUCCCAGGUGUUCGCCAAGGAAACCUUCCCAAACAAGAGGAAACGAUGACAGACGUGAGCAUUCUGCCUUCCCCCAAUUUCACACUCGAGAUCCCUCUUGAAGAAACUUCUGAGGGUUCUAACUUUGUUAGCGACAUGCUGGGGAAAGCUGUUCAGCAUCUUAAGGAACAUUUUAGAACUUGGUAAGCUGAGUGCCUGGUUAGGAAUGCUUUGUUAACAGGCAUAGAUGAUUCAUAAAAGGAAAAAACGAACAAACUAGCUUUAAAGUAACUGGAAAAUAUGUUCAACCACAAAGACAAAAUAGCAUUUUUUUUUUUUUUUUGCCUAUCAAAUUUGCAAAUUAGGAAAAAAAUAUACGAAGUUCCAAUAGGAAUGUGAUAAAAUGGGAAUUCUUAUAUGUUACUGGUGGGAAUAUAAACUGUUUCUGCCUUUUUAAAAAGCUGCAUGAUUAUGCAUGUCAAAAAACAAAGUUUCUUUUUGAUACAAUAAUUCCAUUUCUGAAAUCAAUCCUAAGAAAUAAUCUAAAUUUGAAUAAAAGUGCUUCCCCUCCCCCAUACAGUCCUGGCUAGGAGACUCAGUUGGUUGAAAAUUGUCCUGUACACCAAAAGGUUGCCAGUUCAAUUCCUGGGCCAGACACAUGGCUAGGUCACAGGUUCUAUCCCCAGUUAGUGUGGGAGGCAACUGAUUGAUGUUUCUCUCUCACACAUCAAUGUUUCUCUCUCUCUCCCCUCCCCUUCCUC